GAAAAUAGAAGUAGGAAAUAAGCGCGAGAAAAGGGCGUUAGAGAAAUCAGGACAGGAGUGGAAGCACAGUAAGCGUGAAAGUGAGAUGAAGAGUGUGAUUCCAUUUUCAGAGAUUGAUUCCAUCUCUGUUGUCCAUUUCCCUUCCAUCAUUGACUGUCUAUCUGUUACGCUCUCUAACUCACUGUACACUCCUCGUGACAUUCGUCCUUCUCCUCUCCCUUUCUUCUUCUUCAUCUCCACUCGCCUCCCCCGCCUUACUCUUCACAUUUUGCGUCAUCUCGGAGCAUUCUGAUUCAUGCGUACGCACCAAGCCACAUCCAUUCAAUCGCGUUCUACCUGGAUUCGCCAAGCUCUCGAGAUUCAGCAACUGAGCUGUCUAUUCCCUUCAUAGUUUGCCCCAACGCUGGCCAGUGAUUCUCUUCAGAUUCUGGUGGACACUGUACUGCUGAUUAAGAAAAUAUUUUUCUAAAUGAUUACAUAUGACCAAGAUCCUGAUGUGGUUAGGUGGGGUCUCCAGCUAUUUGACGGUGAUCCAUAUUCUAACUACUAUGGCUGCUCCAUCACCCAAAGUGGUCCAGAUUAUUAUCAAGAUCACUACUUUAAAGAAGGUAUUUAUAAUCUAGCUUCUAGCCUGGAAAACAAUGAGUACAAUGCAUGCUCUCUUGGGGAACAACUAUCACAGCUCUCAGUUGCUGAACCCCAUUCAGACGUUCAUCCAGUGAUAGAUCAUACACAAACACCCUAUUAUUCUCAGGGAUGGUUUAGUCAACCUAUGGGUAGCUAUACAUUUGGAGAUGAGAAUGGUGAAGAAGAAACAACUAAUGUUGGACCAUCCAGUUCAUGUUCUAGUCCUCGAGAAGGCUCAUACUCUGAGGAGGAGUGGUCCUAUUCUCUUGAAUUAUUGGAUGAAUAUGAUCUUGAUGGUGAAGUAGGCAAAAGGUUGAACCAGAUGGUUCCUAUUCCACAUAUUCCUAAAAUUAAUGGGGAAAUACCAUCAAUUGAUGAGGCUACUUUAGAUCAUCAAAGGCUCUUGGACAGACUGCAGAUGUAUGAGCUAGUAGAGUCUAAGGUUCAAGGGGAUGGUAAUUGUCAGUUUCGGGCUCUCUCCGAUCAAUUUUACCGUAGCACUGACCAUCACAAAUUUGUUAGACAGCAAAUUGUGAAUCAGCUCAAAUCGUGUAGAGAGAUCUACGAAGGAUAUGUGCCCAUGGCAUAUGAUGAUUAUCUCCGUAAGAUGUCAAAGAGUGGUGAGUGGGGAGAUCAUGUAACAUUGCAAGCUGCAGCAGAUUUGUAUGGUGUAAAAAUAUUUGUCAUUACAUCUUUCAAGGAUACUUGCUACAUUGAAAUAGUCCCCAACAUUCAAAAGUCUGAACGAGUUAUUUUCUUGAGCUUUUGGGCUGAAGUUCACUAUAACUCGAUACAUCCCGAAGGAGAUGUUAUCGCGGUUGAUAGUAAAAAGAAGAUAAGUUCAGCCUCUGCUGAUGAGCAGUUGGAAUCUCAAGAUAAUUACAGCUGAUAUAUUGAUUCGAAGCAAUUAGCUGCUGGCGUGACUCUACUUGUUCGAGAAUUACCAUUUACGAAGAUAAAAUCUGAACUUUAGUGCACCUUAUACAUUAGUCCCCCAAUCUCAGGUGUUUGAUCUCAUUUCUCUUCUCAAUCAACUGCUGAGAUUGAGGCACUAAUUGCAGCUGCAAUUGCCAACAUUUUAGUACUAGUAUCUGCUAAUUAACUAAGUCCAACUUCUGAUUCAAUCAUUGCUUCAAUAUAUUGUAUUCGUAAGCCUACUUGCCAAAGAGGCAAGAUGAAUUAUUCAUAAAUUCAGGCAUUGAUGAAACCAUAUGUGCAUAUGUAGAUUAAGCCCACUUGAUGUGUUGGGCCUUACACUUUUAUUUGGCCCAAUAUGGUUGAAUGUUUCUUCUGUCUCUGCUUUAGGCCGUGUAGCAUUGCCAUUUGCCAGUUUGUAACAGGGAUGAUCAGGGUCCACAUUGUAUUGUGAAUUAUGAUUUAAAGUGACAUUCAAAUUAUGUGUUUACAAUUAAUAUAUUAUAUGUUUGCAGUUAACAAA